AGGAAGUCGUAUAUAAACGUGCUAAAAAGGAUAACUUUAGUCAAGGUCUCAUGUCUCCACAACCUUGUCUUCAGCAUGUCUCUGCGCCUCGGAGGCAAAGGCGCGGUCGCGUCUCAACCAAUCAUCGUAGAGACUCAAGUGGACUUUCAAAUUGGGGUAACAAGUGCGCAUUAGUGGGGGUAGAGACACUCACUUUUGCUCUAAGAGCUCUGUUUCAGUUGCUUUCAGGCACAGUAAAAUUCACAGUAUUGGAUACAAUCAUACAUUUUAGCAAUAAACAUUUCAAUCAAUCUUAUCCUCAAAUAUUAGUAUAGUUAGCUAAUUGAGUAGUAGUGUGAGAAUCAGGUCGUUAAUUGGUGGCAGUAAAGAAUGCAUAAAUUUUUAUUCUUAACGAGCCUCAAUUAUAAUUAAUGAGCCUCAAUUUUUCUUCUUAACGAGCCUCAAUUAUAAUUAAUGAGCCUCAAUUUUUCUGGGAUUUUUCUUCUUAACGAGGAAUCAAUAGGUUAGUAUAAAUAACCUCAAGAUGCACUUGGAAUCAUCUAUUGUUGUUUAUUGUUAUCGAAUACAACUAUGUCAACCUCAAAUUCAAAGAGAAAGCUUGGUAGACGUGAGGUACCGUUCCUUGGAUCUCUUCUCGAAAAGUUACCCUACACUCGACUUCCUACGAAGCGUACUGUUAUGAGGAGGCUCAUGUUCAUAACCGAGACAGACUCUGCAUCUCUAUUAUCUAUUAAUGAUGCUAUUACCAUGGUAAGAGGGGAAAUCAAGGAUGUUUGGAGCUAUGCUGGCUAUGAGGAUAUUCUUAAAGAUGACAGCAAUAUUAACAAGAGUAUCAAGCAAGUUCGCAAAGAAUACCAAGAUGUUAACAAAAUCCCGACAGAUAGAAGAACAACUGAAGCGUAUACGAGGAAGGCGACAACUCUUGUUACUAGUUUGAAUCAGCUCCUCGACAUUUCUAAGAAAUCUCUUCAACAAUCUAACCUAAUAACUGCAGAGGACAGAGACUUCCUUGUCAAUCACUGGGAUAAAACUAUCAGCACUGUUAAGGAUGUGGGUACCUCUCGAAUGAUACAAAAGAAACUUGAUGUAGCAGAAAGGGCUACGGUUAGAGCAGAAAAGUUCCAAGUGUAUGCAGAAAAACAGAGACCCUUGCAGAAUACUUCUGGAGCAUUGGACCUUUCCAUAGAUCUUUCGUCACAAGAUGAAGCAAACUCAUCCCUUGAAUACACCCCAUCUCGGCCGAAGAAGAAGAAGACAGGCACAUCUCUUUACUUGGACGUGGACAUUCUCAGCAAGAUAGGACCAGCAGCUGAUAGGCUAAAUUUGACGUCCAACCAAGUUAUUGGGAUAACGGCAGCCCUAGUUAACAACUCUGGUGGGGAUGUUGAUGAUAUAACGCUAUCCAAGUCCUCUGCUAUAAGGAGACGAGAAGCAGCUAGAGAAAAGGCGAGCAAAGUUAUCAAAGAAAACUUCUCCUGCAACAAUGGUUGUCAAAUCAAUUUUGAUGGAAAGCUGCUGAAAGAUUUACCAGGACAUCUUAUUGGUAAAGUAAAUCGUCUGGCAGUGACUCUAUUUCAGGAAUCUGGUACCGACCUUCUGAGUAUCGCCAAGACGGAGGAUUCCACUGGAGAGGGAGAAGCACGAGCUAUCCACGAAAUCUUGGAGCAGUGGGAAGUAACGGAUAACGUCAUUGCAAUGGGAUUCGACACGACCAGCGCUAACACAGGAAUAAACAAAGGAGCGUGUAAAAUCCUCCAGGAAACGCUUAAAAGACAGCUCAUAUGGAUGGCGUGCCGUCACCAUGUUCUGGAGCUGGUUAUAGGAGCUGCAUUUAAGGAACUGUUUGGGGCUACAUCUGGACCAGAAGUUCCUCUAUUUAAGAAGUUCCAGGAAAUAUGGCCGACUCUAGAUCUCUCCAAUCUCAUCCUACCAGACAUCCCCAGUUACCUUGAAUCGAGGAAAGAAAAUCUCAUUACCUUUAUAAAUCAGAGACUAGAGGGGGAGAAGCUUCCUCGGAGUGACUACAAGGAGCUACUGGAACUUUCCAAGAUAUUCCUUGGCGAAUCUGUUAGUAGAAAAAAAGGGUACGAAUAUAAGAUCCAGACUCCUGGUGCCUUCCAUCACGCAAGAUGGAUGUCCAAAGCUAUCUAUGUCCUAAAAAUGUGCUUGUUGCAGAACCAGCUAACCAACAUUCACCACACUAAACGGAAGAAGCUAACGAAAUUGGGGAUAUUCAUUGUUUUCGUGUACGUUAAACCUUGGUUUAGAGCUCACUCCGUUACCUCUGCUGCUUCAAAUGAUCUUGAACUGUUCAGGAAUCUGACCAUCUACAAGAAGAUUGACAAGAAGGUAGCAGAUAGCUGCAACAAAGUAUUUCAGAGACACACCUGGUAUUUAACCGAAGAGAACAUCUCCUUCUCCCUCUUUAAUGAGAAUCUGCCUAUCUCAGUACGAGAGAAGCUGGCUGCAGCGAUAGUGAAGACGACAAAAAAAGAAGGAAGACUUGAAGUGAGGAAACCAGAGCUGCCUGAAGUAAAAGAUUCCUCGACUCUAGCUGACUUCGCUGGACCUCGUUCUAGAUUGCUUUUUGACCUUGUAGGAGUCAGCACACAGUUUCUAGAGAAAGACGAUUGGCACCUGACAUCGGAGUACAAGCAACUGAAGUCCUCUCUAAGAAACCUCGCAGCUACUAAUGACUCGGCAGAGAGGGCUAUAUCUUUAAUGACUACCUAUAAUACAAGAAUCGCUAGAAAAGAAAGCUGUUUCCAAGAUCUUCUACAGGUGGUUCGGUGGCAUCAAAAGCAAUUUUCAUUCCAGUCAAAGGAAAAAUUAAGGGAUUUUAAAUAAUUUAGUUUGUUAACAAUCGAAUUUGAAUGUAGCUUUAGUAUUUAAUAUGAUUUUGAUUCUAUAAAUCUAUGAUAUCCUCGAUUUUUUGCUUCAAACUCUGUUAUUUUACUGUGCCUGAAAGC